AUGUUCAUCUUGUCGCUCUACACUGUGAUGGCCGAUUUUGCGCGGCCGGGCAGCGUGUCGCUAGAGCCGCACAGCGGCGGGAGGUACCACCUUCUAGGGCAGACGCAUACCGAAGCAGGCGAGAAUCCGAACAUGCCCAGCCACGCACUUGCUCCUCCACCUGCGAUCCACAGCGCACAUUCAGGAUGCGAUGGAAAAUACUGGCCGGAGCGCGUCGAAAAGUGGGGCGAACUGCCUGUUCUUGUCGACUACAUCCUGCCCCCGGGCUUCCCGGGCAGCUGGGACUUGCCGCAUACGGUCGGUGCCGUCUUCGAGAACGGCGUGAUCCAGGCUACGGACCACCACAACGACCGCUGCCGCCACUUGAUUGUCUACCCCCAGGCUGCCAUCAUCCCGGAGGCACGUACAUAUGCCUGCAUCCAUUCCUCUCCCUUCCUCUCCACGGAGCACCCGUCGGUCGCACUGUCCGUCGUGUUGUGCAACGUGCAGCUCAUUUCGUCGGUCAUCGACGUGUAG